UAUCCACAUAUGCCUUCUCAAUCUUCCCUAAAAUGUUCCAAAGCCUUUCCUCUUCCUUUGCCCUUUCCUCACCCCCAAUCCAUUUUCGCGCCGGAUCUGCUCCUUCAAUGUCUUGUAGCCGGAAUACCUGCCACGCCUCCAUGCCAACCUUGGUGGAGGCCACCAGAAAGCCCUCCAGUCUCUACGAGGUGCUUAGGGUGAAGCAGACGGCGUCUCCCACGGAGAUCAAGACGGCGUACAGGAGCUUGGCCAAGAUGUACCACCCCGACGCGUCGCCGGUGGAUUCGGAUGGGCGUAACUUCAUCCAGAUUCACAACGCCUAUGAGACGCUUUCCGAUCCAGCGGCGAGGGCCGUGUAUGAUCUGUCGUUAGGGUCGACGGGACGGCGGCCGUAUGCGUAUGCGUGUUCGUCCGGGGGGGUCCGGGGUCGGAGUGCGCACUAUUCGACCCGGAGAUGGGAAACUGAUCAGUGUUGGUAGGAUCCGAAAUGCUGUAUAUUUUGUUUUUAGUUUCUUAGAGAGCCACAUGCGUGUGGUGUAGGGGGCAGAGAAUUGUAAAAAUCCCACGGCCAUUUUUGUUGCCAGGAAAUGAGUAAAUAUCCUUCCUCCUCUUCAUCAAUUU